AUGGGCAUGGAAAUUUGUGGCGAUGAUCAGCAUGCAAGCGACUCAAUUUCUUCUUCUUCCUCGUCUUCGGCUGAGGCUACCGAAGUAAUGAAGCGCACUCUUAAGAGAUGUGAGAUCCAUUAUUUGUACCGGAUGAAGCAGGUCCACUAUUUGGUUCUUCCUGGUUCAUCUUCUCCAUCCUUUCCCGUUGUCUCCCACUCUCGCAGUCACAGGCUACAAGUCUGGCCUCCGCAAAUUGAUGUUGCGGAGUUCGAUCGACUUCCCAGGCUUCUUGUUGCCGCUUUCACUGCUCUAAAGGCUGAUAUGAAGCGACAGAGACACAACAGGCAGAGUAAUGAGGACACACAGUUUCAUUUGAUUCGGCUACACGACUUUGAGCAGCAAGCUCACGUACGUGAUGGUAAGUGA